CAAGCAUCAGCCAGUGGGCGUAGUGACACCAGGCUUCAGCCAUGGUGGAUACUUCUCUCAACCUCAACCUUAAUCCUCGUCAAGAACACGACCGUAAUCCUGAUUAUGAUCAUCAAGUGAGUAGUGCAACUACUGGGUGUAGCUAAUCUGAUCAUAGUAUACUUUAUAACUGCUAGAAUGAUCGAUCGAUCGGUCGAUGUUUGAGAAGUUUAAUUUUGAUUUGGCUUUUCUUUUCUUAAACAAGAAGAUCAUUUAUCAGUCCCAAGGGGAUAUGGACAUGGAUGUGGCCCCGGAGGGCAAAAAAACAGUGAAGAAAGAGUGCUUAUUUUUUAUGGGAACUCGAUCGCAAUCACUACCUUCCUGAACCAAUAACCAAUGCUUCUUGUUCAGGAGGAGGGUGCUUUGAUCGAAGAGCUGAACAGGAUGAACACUGAGAACAAGAAGCUAACCGAGACGCUAACUUCCGUCUGUGAAAGCUACAAGGUCUUGCGAGGCCAGUUGAUGGAUUUGAUGCAAAGGGACUCCGAUGAACAUGCUGCUGUUUGGAGAUCAAAGAAGAGGAAGGCCGCUGAAUUAGGCGACAACUCUGAUGGAGUUUGCGGGAAAAACGAGAUCAUCAGCCCAUGCAGCGAUGCUUCAUAUUCACCUAAGAGGCCAAAUGUAAUAAAGACUAAUAUUUCCAGGAUCAGUGUCAAGACUGAUCCAUCUGAUAUAAGCCUAGUGGUAAGAGAUGGGUAUCAGUGGAGAAAAUAUGGGCAAAAAGUCACUAGAGAUAACCCAUCUCCUAGAGCCUACUACAAGUGCUCUUAUGCCCCAAGCUGCCCGGUGAAGAAGAAGGUGCAAAGGAGUGUUCACGAUCCUUCAAUCUUGGUAGCCACCUAUGAAGGAGAGCACAACCACAGUCAUCCAUGCCAAAGUGAGGUAUCCAUGGGAGUACUGAACCAAGGCUGUACUGUGAUCCCUGCAGCUGCUCCAAUCUACAUCCAGAAUUCAACUGCUGAUCUUCAUCAUCAUCAUCAUCAGCAGCAGCAUCAUCAUCAUCAGUCUGCUAACAGUAACUCCAGCUCUUCCAGACAAGCUGAGUUAAUGUGCAGUGGCACAGCCAAGAAGAGCUGCCUGCAGGCGGCAGCAGCAAUCGAUGCCCCAGCGCUGCAAGAGAUGUUGGUUGAACAGAUGGCUAAUUCCUUGACAAAAAACCACAGCUUCACUUCAGCCCUUGCAGCAGCCAUUUCCAACAAGAUUCUAGACCUGGAUCUCUAGUGAAUUACACUUGUGUAAUUAAUUAAUUUGGAAUAGAAAAUUUGCUUUUUUCA